AUUUCCCAGAGUGCCCCGCGGGCCAGGAAGGCGCGUGGAGUUGUGCCGCCUAGAGCCGGGACGGAGGCAAGAUGGCGGCUUCGCGGUGAGCAGCAGUUCAGCAGCCUGGAGUUGUUUCCCCGCGUUUUACCGUGGAAGGAACAGGGAGGAUUGCUUAAUGACUCGCCCAGACUUUCCCGGUUUGUAAAUGAUUGACUCUGAAGCUCUUGGAAGGGUGAAGAUUGUUAUAUCUAGAAGCAGAUUUUAAAAGCAGUUUCUCUUCAAAUCAUCUUUAUACCACCUGAUAAGCAUUUUGAUUCACCAUGGCAUUGGCAGCAGUAAAAUGGGCAAUAUCAAGCAGAAGUAUCUUGAAACAUUUAUUUCCAGUUCAAAACGGAGCCUUAUAUUGUGUUGGUCACAAAUCUACGUAUUCUUCUCUUCCAGAUGACUAUAAUUGCAAAGUAGAGCUUGCUCUGACAUCUGAUGCCAGGACAAUAGUAUGCUACCACCCUUCUGUGGACAUUCCAUAUGAACACACAAAACCUAUCCCUCUGCCAGAUCCAGUGCAUAACAAUGAAGAAACACAUGAAAUAGUACUGAAAACCAGAUUAGAAGAAAAAAGUGAACACUUAGAGCAAGGACCCAUGAUAGAACAACUCAGCAAAAUGUUCUUUACUACCAAGCACCGUUGGUAUCCUCGUGGACAGUAUCAUAGACGUCGUAGGAAACUGAAUCCUCCAAAAGACAGAUGAUAUUGAUGUUUUCAGGAAUCAAAGAGGAAUGUUAUCCUGGAUCUCAUUUGCCUUUUGAGAAGAUACAAUUGGGUGUAUUCACUAAUACAUUAUAUAGUAAAAUAAUAAUAAAACAUAUUUUCAUAUUA